CAGUUAGAAAACAUGGCGGCGAGGUUGUUGAAUCGGCUGGCAGGCAUUGGUUUCGGCAUAGCAGCGGCCGGAGCAAUUGUGAACUCUGCCCUUUACAACGUGCCCGGAGGUCAUCGUGCCGUCAUAUUCGAUCGCUUUUCUGGCGUUUUGCCGGUUGUAUCGGGAGAGGGAACGCAUUUUUUGAUUCCGGGAUUGCAGAGGCCUAUUAUAUACGACUGUCGAGCGAGGCCUCGCAAUAUUCCUGUCCAGACAGGAAGCAGAGAUCUGCAAACAGUCGACAUCACACUAAGAAUACUCUUCAGACCAAUUGUAGAGAGUCUCCCCACCAUCUACCAAAACCUAGGAGAAGACUACGACGAGCGAACCCUGCCAUCGUUCACAACCGAGAUCCUCAAAGCUGUAGUGGCUCAGUUCAACGCGAGCGAUCUGAUUACACAGAGAGAGUUGGUGUCACAAAGUGUACGAGAACUAUUGGUGGAACGAUGUGGCGGCUUUGGUAUUAUUCUCGACGAUAUUUCGAUUACGCAUCUCACUUUCGGACGAGAGUUCACAAACGCCGUUGAGCAGAAGCAAGUCGCACAACAGGAUGCUGAAAAAGCUCGUUUCUUGGUAGAGAAGGCCGAGCAAUACAAACAGGCGGCGGUUAUAACAGCCGAAGGUGACUCGAAAGCAGCAGAACUCCUCUCAACUGCUUUCUUGGAAGCCGGCGAUGGGCUCAUCGAGUUGAGAAAGCUUGAAGCUGCCGAGGAUAUCGCCAAUCAGCUAUCCAGAUCUCGUAAUGUCACUUACCUUCCUUCUGGACAGAACCUGCUGUUGACAUUGCCAUCCAAUUAAAAAUAAAUGUCCUUAGUUUACGGACAAGUCAGAACUGUUACCACUGCAGUCUCUCUCUGUGUUAACCGCCGGAAUUCGUAAAAAUAUCCGACGAAAUU